CAGAAAGUCAUCAGGUGUAGAGAGGAAGGACCCAUAAAGCACAUGAGAUGAUCAUCAGUGACAGUGACCACGACAUAGUUUCCUGCCUUGCCCCGUUCACGCCUGUUUGCCGAUCGCCUGACCUCUUUCAUGUUUUGGAUUACGUUUUUGAAUCACGUUUUGGAUUAACCUGCCUGUGUCUCUCAAUAAAACCGUUAACCUGCGAUUGCAUCCGUCCUUAUCUCCGUUACGUCACAAAACGUGACAGAAUAUUCCGCCCAAAACAUGGAUGCAGCAGGAGAACGGAGAAAACGCAGAACCCGGAAGUCGACACCAACCAUCCCCACUAUGGACUCAGUCCAAUUCCCACAACAGACAUUUAUUCAUGUUUCCUGAUCCAUUUGACGGAUUUUUUGGUGCCCCGGAAUAUUUUCUGGUAGACUGUCAAUUCUAUUUCUCCAGCCUGUUAGACCCUAAGCCAGAGGAGAAGCAAUGGCUCCGAUUCAUGUUGUCCAAGUUCUUUGGACCGGCCCGUCAGUGGGUGCAGGUCCUACUUGAUAAGCACGGUAUGAACCUGGACAGUGUAGAACAGAUUGUGGGGGAGUUCAUGAUACAGUUCGAGAGUCCGGAGGCGAACUGUAAAGCCCAGUUACUGUCCCAAGUGUCUGUUGACACGGCCAACCAAGUUCUGCUCAAGCCCGAGUCUGCCGACACGGCCAACCACGUUCCGCUGAAGCCCGAGUCUGCCGACACGGCCGACCACGUUCCGCUCAAGCCCGAGUCUGCCGACAAGGCCGACCAAGUUCUGCUCAAGCCCGAGUCUGCCGACACGGCCGACCACGUUCCGCUCAAGCCCGAGUCUGCCGACACGGCCCACCACAUUCCGCUCAAGCCAAAGUCUGCCGACACAGACAGCCAAGUUCCGCUCAUGCCCGAGUCAGCUGACAGGGACAACCAAGUUCCGCUCACGCCCAAGUCAGCCGACAGGGACAACCAAGUUAUGCUCACGCCCAAGUUUGCUGAAACAAACAACCAAGCUCUGCUCAUGUUCAUGUCUGAUGACCUAACCAACCAAGUUAUGUUCACGCCCAAGUCAGCUGACUGGGACAACCAAGUUCUGCACACACCUAAGUUUGCUGAAACAGACAACCAAGCUCUGCUCACGUCCACGUCUGCUGACAUGCACAACCAAGUGUCUGUUGACACGGACAACCAAGCUCUGCUCGCGUCCCAGUCUGCUGACAUGACCAGCCAAGUUCAGCCUGCAGGCUCCGCUGAGUACGUCGCUCUGCUUUCCUGCUCAGCCGAGGACGUCACUCUGCUUUCCUGCUCAGCCGAGGAUGCCACUCUGCUUUCCUGCUCACCCGAGGACGUCGCUCUGCUUUCCUGCUCACCCGAGGACGUCGCUCUGCUUUCCUGCUUAGCCGAAGACGUCGCUCUGCUUUCCUGCUCAGCCGAGGACGUCGCUCUGCUUUCCUGCACUGCUAAGUACGUCGCUCUGCUUCCUUGCUCCGUCGAGGACAUCGCUCUGCUUUCCUGUCCCGCCGAGGACGACGCUCUGCUUUCCUGCACUGCGGGGCCUGUCGCUCUGCUUUCCUGCUCUGCUGUGAACAUCGCUCUGCUUUCCUGUCCCGCCGAGGACGACGCUCUGCUUUCCUGCACUGCGGGGCCUGUCGCUCUGCUUUCCUGCUCUGCUGUGAACAUCGCUCUGCUUUCAUGUUCCUCCGAGGACGUCACUAUGCCUUCAUGCACCGCCAAGGACGUUGCUCUGCUUUCCUGCUCUGCUGUGAACGUCGCUCUGCUUUCAUGUUCCACCGAGGACGUCACUAUGCCUUCAUGCACCGCCGAGGACAUCACUAUGCCUUCAUGCACUGCCAAGGACGUUGCUCUGCUGUGAACGUCGCUCUGCUUUUUUGUUUUGUUAAGAAUGCCGUGCGGUCUCCUGGUUCUGCUUGGGACAUUUUGCCCAGGGGGACGGGGCCGCCAAUGGAGAUGGAUGUUUCAUGGCACUCCCGGAGGACUGCCUCUGGGGGGGGGUGUGUGCUCUGUCACGAGUUCCCCUUUAAGCAGCGUGCUGUGGAGCAUGUGAGCGUGUGUGCACAAGCGGGUGCACGAGCAGGUGCACGAUUGUCCCUUGUUGACAAUCGUGACAUUUCGACACAUGCAUUUGUUUAUGUUUCUGUUAUGUCUCCUCCCCGUUCUAUUCAAUUCAAUUCAAUUCAAUUUUAUUUGUAUAGCGCUUUUUACAAUAGACAUUGUCUCAAAGCAGCUUUACAGAAAUAUCAACAUGGUAUACAGAUAUUAAAGGUGUGAAUUUAUCCCAACUGAGCAAGCCACUGAGUGGCGACGGUGGCAAGGAAAAACUCCCUAAGAUGUUUUAAGAGGAAGAAACCUUGAGAGGAACCCGACUCAGAAGGGAACCCAUCCUCAUCUGGGU